CACCCACACCCGCCCCCCAUCCCCCCCCAAACGAAAAUCCGCCGCUACUGCUUAGUCUUUAAAAUAAAUAUGUCCUUGUUGUAGCCCAGGCUCAGGGCCCUCCUUCUGUUUUUCUUCGAGAUUCCUCUUUCUCAUCUGUCCCAUCGGUGAUGGCGAUAUCCCCAUCCACCCGCAUAUUGGCCGCUCGGCCUCUCGUCCUUGGUCUUGCCAAGCUGUUGACUCUCGCCUGUGUGAACCUGCCUCUCAUCUCCGCCGCUCCUACCUAUGUCAUUCAUUCCGAAGUCGAUCCCAAACCUCCAAGCGACCCUAGUCUAUGGCUCUAUCUCGGAGUUGCCGCUGCUCUGGUCUUGAGCGGUGGUGCAUUUGCUGGUCUGACGAUAGCUUUAAUGGGCCAGGAUGAAGUUUAUCUACAAGUUAUUCAAACCUCUGGUGAAGAGGGCGAACGCAAAAAUGCAGCAAGCGUGCUGAGACUGUUGCAGCGGGGAAAGCACUGGGUGCUGGUGACUCUCCUUCUCAGCAACGUGAUCACCAACGAAACUCUUCCAAUUGUGCUCGAUCGGUCACUGGGAGGUGGCUGGCCAGCAGUGCUCGGCAGUACAGUCUUGAUUGUGAUCUUUGGCGAAAUCGUGCCUCAAUCCAUUUGCGUCCGGUACGGGUUGCCUAUCGGCGCAUGGAUGGCCCCCUGCGUCUUGGCGCUUAUGUACAUCAUGUCUCCCGUGGCCUACCCUGUUGCCAAAUUGCUCGACAAGCUGCUUGGGGAAGACCACGGAACCAUUUACAAGAAAGCGGGCCUAAAAACCCUGGUUACGCUGCAUAAGACCUUGGGUGAAGCUGGGGAGCAGCUGAACUCGGAUGAGGUCACGAUCAUCAGUGCUGUCUUGGACCUCAAGGACAAGUCCGUUGGCAGCAUCAUGACUCCCAUGGAAGAUGUCUUCACCAUGUCCGCGGACACUAUACUUGACGAAGAAACAAUGGAUCUUAUUUUGUCUCAGGGAUACUCCCGUAUCCCCAUUCAUGCGCCCGACAAUGACAUGAAUUUCGUCGGCAUGCUGUUGGUCAAGAUGCUCAUCACUUAUGACCCUGAAGAUUGCAAACGGGUCCGGGAUUUCGCCCUAGCUACUCUUCCGGAGACGCGCCCGGAGACGAGCUGUCUGGACAUUGUCAACUUUUUCCAAGAGGGCAAGUCUCACAUGGUUCUCGUAUCGGAAUAUCCGGGUGAAGAUCGCGGCGCUUUGGGCGUUGUCACCUUGGAAGAUGUGAUCGAGGAAUUGAUCGGAGAGGAGAUCAUCGAUGAAUCCGAUGUUUUUGUCGACGUUCACAAGGCGAUCCGUCGUAUGGCUCCGGCUCCCAAGUCUCGAGUCCCUAAAGGCCGGAUUGUGGAAGACCCCCCGAUGCUACCUGUCGAAUCAGGUGGCCCGCUGAUCGACAUCGAAGGCGAAUCCACCGCGGAACCCCCGACCAACGGUGCCUCGAAGGAAAACCGGCGAAGCUCUGUCGAAGCGCCCUUGCCUCGUUUCCAGUUUCGUCGUCCCCAUUCAGACAGGAAUUCCGACUCCACCGAUGGCUUGGUGACUCAACGAGGUGCGACGGACGAAAUUCGUGAGCACUUGAAGCAUCUCGGCCCUUCAAAUCUUGCCAGCCGGCCUCGUCAGACUAGAUAUCAGAGUGUGAAGAUCAAGCGGAGUGCCUCUCCCUCGCGAUCUGGCCAUACUGAUCUAGAGUCUCGCCAGAGCGCGGACGGCUUGGUUAGAAGCACUUCUUCUGGCUUGCAGGGCGGCCUUGGUGCCGGAUUAGUGCAAGGCGGAAUGGAUGCGCGAGACGGUGUAUAUGCCGUUCGGGCAGGCUACGGCACGUUAGGUCAUGGUCGCUCCCUAUCCGAUACGGCGCGGAUGAGCGACGGGCCGGCACUCUCCAUACCGGAAGCUGUCCAUGAGGAACAGGACGAUAACACUCGCCCCAGCACUCGUGCACAGCAGGACAACAGCCCUGCGCAUAGCUUCCAGUCGACCGACUCCGAACUCUCUGAUCGUCUCCGGCCCGGCAGCUACCGACACAAGGGUCCCGCCCGCAGUGGUAGUAUCACGGAGCAGGUGGUCGACGUCAACGGCAUCCGCAAAGUAGUUCUCCAUACCACUAGCACCGCCACCAGCUCCUCCGAGUCUGAUACACCCAAUGUUACCCCCCAGACCCAGUUCCCUGUUCAACAGAAUGGGGAGAUUGUUAAUCUCGGCAAUGGGGAUGGCAGCGGAUCGAAGAAGAAACGUCGUCGCAAGCGGCGUGGGCAUGGCUCCAAAAGUGGUGAUUUGCACGCGGAGGAUGCACCUCUUCUUGCGCCAGAAUAACCCGCCCUGUAUGUGCUUGAAGUGGACUCUGCUGGACAGAGCAAUGGGUGAUGCAGUAUAUUCAUUCGACUGGCUUCAUUUGAUUUUUUGUAAGAAUGCUCGGAAAGCAGCAUAGAUAGCACUCCUUUUUUCCAAGGAGGAAGUAUACGUAUUGAGGGAAAUAUUCACAAUUUGUGAGAUAGGGAUUCGAGGUCGAUGAAAAAGGAAAAUAUGAUUUAGAGAAGUCGGGUUGACUAAAUGUAAGAAUAAAUGGAAGUUGCAAGAUUGCUUGUUCGUGAGUCUCAUACCUUAAUCAUACACGGAGCGACUGUAGUAAUACACCUCUCGGCCAUAUUGUUCAGGGC